AUGGGCAUUCUAAUGAACAACAUACACGCACCCACAGUGGCCUCAGGGCCAACCUCCGCGCGAGGAUUCGUAAAUAGCCGCGAUCUGUCGUCUCUAUCCCUGAACGAGCUCUAUGAAGAGAAGAGAUUGAUAGAAAAUGAACUCAAGGCGCUGAGCAAUGUGCUUGACUCUCAUGGGGUAACUAUGUCGACGAGCUUGACUACAUUCGAUGGAUACCCCAGGGACGAUCUGGAUAUUGCGCAGAUCCGCACGACGCGAGCUCGAAUAAUCCACCUUCAGAACGAUUACAAAGAUAUCAUGAUCAAGGUGGAGCAAUGCGUCCACAGCCGCUUCGCCCAGCUUCAACAACUACAACAACAACAACAAAAUGCGAACUCUCCCCCGUCGUCAGCGUCAGGGACGACGACUUCGGCCCCAGAUACUCAAUCAACCACAUCACCGGCCGUGGAAGAGUCACCCAGCUCUCAAUCCGCGGUGAGAGAGAUACCAUUUGCCAAGAUUAACAGUGUGAUGGAGGGAAGCCCGGCGGAGCAGGCGGGUAUGAAAGUUGGUGACUUAGUUCGCAGUUUUGGACACAUUAACUGGAUGAACCAUGAGAACCUUACCAAGGUGGCGGAGAUAGUGCGGACGCAUGAUGAGAAAAAUCUCCUAGUUAAGUUGGUUCGAAAAAAUGAAUCUGGCAUUGAGACAGAUAUCACUGUAACGCUGGUGCCUCGGCUAGGCUGGGGGGGUCGAGGCUACAUGGGAUGCCAUCUCAUGUUAGCAUGA